AUUAUUGCUACAGGUACGAUUCGAAACGCGCAGAAAAACAACGUUUCUCAAUGCGACGUGGACCUGAUCUUUCAAACGAAGAGAGUGUGGAGCAAAUUGGGCGGUUAUAUCGUUCGAAGGAACGUCAGCUUAACCAGUGUCUUUCAACUGGAGUAUCAGCUACAAAGAAUGCCGAAAAAGGAGACCCUUCGACUCGAGCUGUCGUCUUUCAAUCGCUCGUUAAAACCUAUCACGCAUAAAACGGUCGAUUUGGAGUUGCAGUCUAGCGCGUAUCCUCAAUUGAACACGGAGAUAAAAGCGUCAUACAAACAGGCGCUUGGUCAGCUGGAGUUGCGCGCGGAAGUCAAUUCGAGGCCGCAUCUCAAGGACGACCGUCACAAGCUCACCGCUCUGUUGAGCGUCUUCUAUUCAAAGAUGUAUUUCCAAAAUCAAGAUACAAAAGUAAGUGCGUUGAUCGCCAUAACGAAACCCAUUCAAAACUUGGACGUUAAAAUUGGAAUUAAUCACUAUGCCGUGGUACCGGAAUCGAAGACGGACUUGGUGAUAGGAUACGCUCCAGGAAAGGAGAUCAGUCUGAUGGUGAACCUAAUAAUGCCUCGCGGUCUGACGUUCGUCAUGGAGGGUCACGUAAACUUGACAAUCCCAAAUUUUAACUCUAUGCUAGUCGACGUACGGAUCACCGAGAGAUCGAGGCGAACGUACGAGUUGGAUCUCGCUGGGACCUGGUUCAGUGGGCACAACAUGACAGCACGAGGCACUUACUCGGACAGAUCGAUCGCGACUGUAGUUAGUCACAGUUUGAAACUGAUUUUAAAAUCUCCGAGUUUCGUCAAUGAUUUCUUGAUAAAUUGCAAGCUGUAUCGAAACUACAGCGACGUUAGGAUCGAUCUGCACGUAGAGCAACUGGACCAGGAUAAGUAUGCCUUCAUCUUGAAUCACACGGUCGUGACGCCCACGAAUAUCAUAUCGUACGUCGAAGGAAGAUACAAGGGGAACGUGUACUCGGUGACGACCGAGAUCGACACGCGACGAGAAAUUCGUAUGGAGAUACAUUUGGACAAAUGGCGAGACGUUCACUUGGCAUUGAGCGGUAUCAACGACGGCAACAGGAAGAGAUUUGGAGCGGAAGUGAAGUGGGACGCGAAUCGAGAUCCAGCGUUGAAGCUGGCGUUCUUCUUCUCGUUGGAUCACCAGACGGUUCAAUUGCCGGCUCUUUCGAAUUCGGAGGAACAGCUGGCUGAACAGAACGUUAGUACGAUGGUCACCUUGACCUAUCCCGGUCGCUUUGUCGUUUGUUCCUGUCACGUGACCGCGCGCGGGUACUACGAUUACGUCGUCGAUGCGGCGGUUGAUUGGAACCCGGAGGAAACGAUCAGACUGUUCAUCGCGACGGAAUACAACGUGAAAUCGUGGAUAAAGUCGGUCAGUCUGGACACUCGGUUGCUCAUGCCGUUUGAGAAUUGGAAGAAAACGGCUUUGAGCGUUAGGUACGAGCAGGAACGAAACAGGUUGAAAUUAGACGGCAGCGCUCACUGGAGGGAUUCACAGAAAUUGAUCGCGGAGUUAGAAGGGAUUGUUGCGGAACACGAUAACAUCAAAGAAUGGAAAGCCAAUUGUGGAAUAAGCAGCUCCGUGCAUGACAUUUCAUCAACCACUGUAAACAUUACUCACAAGAUAGCCCAUUCCGAAACUGCGGACACUCGUCUACUAAUUAAAUACCAUCCUGACAAGGUGAUCGACGCCUGGAGUAUUUGGUAUCUGGACAAGGAAUCCGACGACGUUUUCAAUCUGACCGGCAAUCUGCAUCUCGAGUCACCGGUGACUCGCUACAAAGUGAACGACCUGAGGUGCCAGCUGCAAGUGUUGCCUGACAGCAAGUUCUUCGGGGCGACUAACUUGAAUCUGGACAGGAAAACUUACACUGGUAAACUGAUCGGUGAUCUUCGUCGUCUGAGGGAAUCCAUGGUAGAAUUCAACGUCACCACUCCGUUAGAGAAGUUUGCCUUCGUUCGCGGAAGAUUCGGUUUCUCAGAGAGUAACAGACACGCAGUCGCGGAGGUGCUCACUCCAACGAACUCCAUCGGUUUCGAGGUGUUGUGCCAGUUCUUUACGCCGCAUCACGACUUCAACGUUCGACUGUUGCUCGCCACGCCGUUGGAAAUACUUCAGAAGUUACUUCUGAUCGCUAAGUUGAACGACCGAGAGGCGGAUUUCCGGGUCGGGUACAAUCGUAUAACAGCUGGUUUCCAGGGUGUCUGGCGUUAUCGGAACAUCACCGAUUUUCAUUAUAGUUACAUACUAUUCACGCCUGUCGAAGGAUUCGAGGAAACCGGUAUAGUUACCAAAUUAAUUCUGACGCGCACCGAGGACGACUAUCUCGACGUCGAUACAGAAUUCUCCAUAAGAGUGUCGGACGAGAAGUUCAGCGACAUGAAGCUCGGCGUUAGAGCCAGGGCUGGUUCAAAGCCUGCGCCGGUUACUAUACCGAUUAAAUCGCCGAUCGUCCCGGCCAAUCAGACGAAAAUCGACGACACAGAACUGACAACGGAGAGAAACGAGCUGGAUCAACUGUCAGAGGACUACGACGAACCAAGCAGCCUCCAUUGGCACGGAGAGAUCGAGAUCUAUCCCGUGAUUAUCGAGCCCAUAAAGGGAGAGCUGGAUGCGGAUAACGAGGGACCGACUUACAAAAUCGCCGGUGCAUUGCAGUAUUUGCAAAGGAAGAAAAUCCUGCUGGAGGACACGUUCUGGAUGGAGGAUCUCUUCAACAUGAAAAACGAGUUGAACCUGAUAGUCCCGUUCGAGUUCUUCAACGAGAUCGUUUGCUCGAACGCGUUCAUCGUGAACAUGGAGAAUCUCAAUUACAAGAUGGAAGCGAUCGUGAACGUGCGCAGAAACGCGACGUGGUACGAGACCGGAUUGCACGCGACCUACGUCUACCACGAGAGCGAAGUGGACGACUCGCAAUUGCACGUGCUGCACUUGAACGUGAAGACACCGAUAGACUCUCUGAGAUUUAUCAACACGAACACCAGCCUGGACAUCGACGAGAACUUCUACAGGGCUAAGGUCGGCAUCCGCGCGCCGGACAGCGUCGUCGAUCUGUUUGGAUCUUUGGAGACGGAGGAGACGUUACUGGACACGGUGCUCACUGUCGAGAUCGACACGCCGUUGCUGAAAGUGCCGAGAUCCACCGUCACCGCGAAACGAGACUUCACUGUGAAAGAGAGGUACGCGAAGAUCAGCUGCGACAUUGGCGAGCCUGUCGGGCUCUCGCUUCAAUCGAGCUGGUACGCGAAAGACGACAAGGUGAAAGCGUUCCUCGUCUUCAAGUCUUGGAUAGAGUCGAUAAGGAACGUCGAAGUCCAAGCUUCUUACUCGAACGCGAUCGCGAGCAACGGCACCGCGAGCUUGAACGUUCUGGCGAGACAUCAACUUGACCGACAGUACAAAUUACUCGGUAACUACAGCGACAGCGUGAUCAAGGCCGAAUUGUACACGCCUCACUCGAACGGGAAGCCGCAUUUCGAGUUCCAUGGUAACUCGAUGAAGGAAAGCGAUGUUCUCCACAGAUUCAACGGUCAGCUGCGAGACCAUUUGAACUCGAGCGUGCACGCCGUUUCCGGUGUCAUCGAACUAACGAAAAAUGGUACUUUACGAACGUUCGAGGCGACAGUGCAGCAGCCGGAGAUCGGCCAAGAGAACAAUUUGGUUGUGAAACUGAAGAGGGAGAAGUACGGGUUGAACGCUGCGUUGAUCAGUCGUACGAUCAAUGGAUCGUUGGACGCGAAUCUCGUGAACCCUUUGAACUGGGACGUGAGAGCACGCGCGAAAUUGUCGAAGCCAUCGGACCAGAAAGAUGAUCACGCGACGAUCCGGUUUGUCUCGUACAUGAACGUUCAGGUGAACGACAACACGACGCUCUACGUUCACGCGGAAACACCGUUGCCGGACGUUCGGAACGUUACUCUAGCCGGCAGCAUGUUGAUGUCGAACAACAGCGGUGAUGUUCGAGCGAAUGGCUGGCUGAACGAGCACGCUCGACACGUGGUUCUCCAAUGGAAGUUCAUCCACAUGGCGGAUAUGUUUGGACGAGCGUUGAUCGGAUCCGAGGGGCCGACGGAUCUCGACAGCAAGCUGUUCGACGGCCGACUGUUCUUCAAGAAUCCCCGCCGUGCGUUCAGAAACGUCGACGUCGGCUUCGACCUGGACGUCGACCGCGAAAAGUGGAAAUUCGGAGCGAACGCCACCGUUGGAUUCCGAAACCACGAGAACAUCGACGGGGUGUUCGCCGUUAGAUUACCACCGCCUAACAACGACGAUCAUCGCAUUCUCAUCAGCUAUCACGCGAACCAAGGGAUGAAGGACGCAUCGUACGUGAUCGGUUACAACGCCGUACGUGCGAAAACCAACUACGCCUCUGACGGUUCGAUACACAUGGGCAUGCGGGACAUCAACGGACACUUGCGCGCCUCCUGGGGUAUGUUGCCCGUUCAGUCUGUGAACAAUCUGUUGAACAUAAGCUUCGACAAUAAAGAGGUGGAACUGAAAUACUCUCUGUACACUCCAAAAUUCCAGCAACAGGAGACGUUGGUCCUGUUGUUUAAUUACGACGGUACGCAAGACACGGAGAGACGGUUGAUAAACGGCGAGGUUUAUUGCCCGGCAAGCACACGGAUAGCCUCGGCAAAUGUGUCCUACGAGAGUUUGUUGAACGUGAACGGUACGAUAAACACCGCCUUCCCUGUGGCGAACGUCUCGUCGCUGGGAUGCCAGUUCAUCGUGCUCACCACUCUGCAGCGGAACAAAAGAUACGCGAAGCUGUACUGGCCGCGCAACACCGCGAUAGUAAAUUCAGAUUACAAUUACCAGAGCGAGAAUCUGAACUCGGAUCUCGAGGGGAUUUUGCACGCCGAGGUCCCCCUAAAUACGCGUCACGUCGGCCACUUGACAUACGGCUACAAGAAACGACCGCAAACGACGACCGGUUACGCGAAACUGACUUACAACGGCCAGAAGGUGCUUCACGGUCAGUACAAUUCGAAGAGCGAGUCGCGGGCCGGCUUCGACAAGGAUCGCACUCAAAUCACCGUCGAGAACAUGUACAAACCAAUAGGCAUUAUCUACGUGUACCAAUACGAGUACAGCGCGGGGAACGCAGGGACUAAUUUGCCGACCGUCGAGUUCAAGCACGUUCAUCUGUACCGAUUGGAUAACAGGACGGCGUUGAACGUGACUGGCGAAUCGAGGAUCAGAACGACGCACACUGGCCAGGAUAUCCAUUUGAAGGCGGUACACUUGAACAAGACGUUGCAAUUGAAAACCGAGUACGAGGUGCUGCCGGGCGAGUUCGACCAGACCAGCUGGCUAAGCUUGGCCGAGGACGCCUGGGUUUCCUACAGCAUCAACAUCUUGAACAAAACCACGGACGAGGUGGGCAAUCAAUUCUUGGCUCUGAAUGUCUCCUACCCCCGGAGAAAUUUCAGCCUCGAUGGCUCUUACUGGAUCAGCAGCGAACAGUUGAACUCUGUGUUGAAACUGGACUGGGACCGGGAGACCACGAGGCCUCGAACUGUUGGGGCGUUGUUCAACUGGACGAGACUUCCGCCGGAGGAUGAUGGCAUGCAUCAUAGAGCGACCUUCGUUUUGAUCCAUCCGAGUUUCCUGAAAGAAACCUCUUUGACCGGCGAGAUGAAGGCCGACGGUUCCAGAGACUCGGUGGAUGUCCGCCUUGUCGCUGAUUAUUCUACUGAUCCAAGCAAGUUGUUCCAAUUCUCCGCGUCGUACAGAAACGAAAGUGAGCCGUCGUCGGCUUUUAAGAAGCAUUCUUACAAGAUAGCGGGUAAUCAUCCAAGUACGAGAUUCGAUCUAGAUGUCCAAGGAUUUCUAUACGAACGUAAUAGUUCGCUGUUCGAGAUGGUGAAUAAUGGACGGUACAACCGUAGAUUCACGACCAGAGACGCGGGGAAAUUUAACGCACGAUUGGAUCUCGAUCACGACGAGUUGCUGUUCCAGCGAGAGUACAACGACGCAGUGAAGUAUCUGAACGUUCGGUAUUAUUCGUUCGAUCGUAAACAUGUCGUGAACGGUAGUGUAAUAAAUACUCCGGAUUUAAAUGCCACCGGUGCCUUCUUCUUCCAUCCGACUGAAAAAUUAACGUGGAUGAUGCUCAACUACACCCCAGACGCUGUGGAGAGUUUACGAAUGUACGGUAAUAUUCCUGACGCUCGAAAUGCUGUGUUCGAUAUUUGGAGGACGUACGAGGAGGAUUUCACUGUGUCAGAUGUUUCUUUCUACUUGAAGCUCAAUCAUUCCCGACUAAUCACCUCCACCCUACGCUGGAGACCCGAGCUUAAGGCCGACAUCAUUGCUCUUGUGAAGAAUACAGCAAUGGAUACAUACAAUGGCAUAAACAACGAUAUCUAUUAUUGGAAGCAGUAUAUUAAAAUCGAAACUGUGAACGUAAUUUCGGAUGUUUGGGAUGAUGCUCAAUCGGAUAUUCAAGGAUUUAUCGAUGAUUGGAAGUGGGUAUUACCAACAAACUGCGUACAUCAACUUGAAGGAGCUUGAGACGGACUUCGAGGAGUUGAAGAUCUAUCUAAACAAAUCGUACAACGCGAACGACUUUUACAUCAAGGAUAUCGUCCUCUUCGGAUCGUAUAUGAUCGACGAGCUGUCGCUACGAAGUCACAUAGAGUCUUUGCCGAACAUCCUAAACGAGAUAUGGGAGUUGAUGGGCGAAUCCGGGCAAGCGAUCAGGAAUUCUAUAGUCUGGGUCGUCGAAACGAUCAAGAGCGCGUUGAACAAAAUCCCGGAGAUCAUUGCAGCUAUUUUAAGGGGUGACAUGAUCUCUCAAGUGGCCAAUAUAAUUGACGGUCUGCUGGAGAAGUACGACAAGUUCGUGAAGGAUCUGCACGUGUCGUUCAUCAAGUACAUAGGCAAUCUUUGGGGACAGAUCUCUCAGUCGAUCUCCCAACAAUGGAAUCGAUUUUUACUGAUGAUAGAGCCGACAUUCAUUCGUUUCAUUCACUAUCUGGAGACGGUUGUUUGGAAAGCGAGCAAGGAAAUCGUUGACUUCCUCUACGAUCGGAGGAACGAUCUCAUCUCCUCUCCUUACUUCGAUCGUUUCUCCAAUUUCACCCAAGACAUCGACAAGCUUUAUCGCGACAUCAAGGGCAACGAUAUCAUAACGAACAUUCAGAAGUACGCGAGUCUGACGAUACAGUUCUUGAAGGUCAGAUACUUCACGUUCGUGCCAUUUGGCAAAGAAUUGAAGGACGUGGCCGACGAGAUCGUGACCGAGCUGAAGGAAUUGCAAAAAUUACCGAAUAUACGUUACGGUCUGGAGAAGAUGCAACAAGUGUACGAUAGAGCUUGCUACAUUUACGAAUACUUCGAGAUACGCGCCAAAGUGGAGAAUCUUAUCCGACUGAUACAUUUGAAGUUAAUAGAUGUUAGUCAGACAGCUCUCCAAGCUGAAAGCAGAUACCGUGAGGCCAAAACGAAGUUCAUCUUCGAUCCUAGAGAAGGCUUGAUGUGCCUGGAACAGAAGUUCCCCAUGUCUUGGCACUCGUUCAAUCAGACACCAGAGUUUCACGAGAUACCUGAAUUCAGAACAAUCUCCGACGCCAGUUCGUAUUUCACGUCCUCGGACAUGAGUUUCUGGAGGCUGUACCGGUACAAACUGUACAUGGACCCGUUGAAUUGGCUGCCGCCAUUUAGAGCACAAGCAAUGAUCAUUGGUUUGCAACAUUUCAUUACCUUCGAUGGGAGACACAUAGAAUUCAUGGGGCCUUGCACAUACUUAUUGGCCCGCGAUUUUGUGCGAGACACAUUUGCCAUCCUCUUGGAAUAUCAGCAACAAUCUGAUCGAGUUACGCACAAAAUUAUCGUAUUACUCGGGAAGGAUAUUCUCGAACUCGACUUCUUCAAUGACGUUAGUAAUGAUGAUAAUAACAAUAUAAUUAUUAACACGAUAUAA